GGAGGCCAGCCAGGCCUAUUCCCCCACAACACCUAUAGUAAAAAGAUCUUUUGCAUUCCUGACUAUCAGAUUUGUAGAAAAUCUGGUUUUACUGGAUAUUUUUCAUGACAGAGGAUGCGGGAGGAGGGAAUCUGUAAUUUAUUUUUUUAAAAGAACCAGGAGAAAAUGAGAAAUUAUAACUAAGAAGGAAAAAUCUGACAAAUCUUUGCCGAUGAGCUGAAGGAACCAGGAGAGGGGGCCCUAGCAGGGUUUCCGGGUUAGGACUCUGGCAUGGAAAGCUCUUGUGUACCUGUUUGAGGGUGUGUUAAUUUUGCUUGUAAACUUUGUCCUCUGCCAGCGUCAGCAGCAAGUGGAUGUGCAGGGUUGUGCCUGCUGCUAUCAGGUUUCCCACUACCCCAGUCACUCCUCCUUCUUACAGCUGUAGGGGUGCACCUGGCCGAGGAAGAUGCUGCUCCAGGCUGUCCCUGGGUUAAUGUGGCUCUGGCAGAACAUGCCCUUUCAGACAUUGGCCGUCUUCUUAGGCCUGUUCCUGUUGAUUGCUGACUGCAUGAAAAGGAGACGGCCGAAGAAUUUCCCUCCAGGACCUUUGCCCCUGCCGUUCCUGGGCCACAUACUUCAUCUGGAUUUCAAACAGCCCCAUAGAUCUAUAGAGAAGCUUGUUGGAAAAUAUGGCAACAUUUUCAGCAUGCAGUUUGGUAGCCAGACAGCUGUGACUGUAAAUGGAUUCAAGCUGGUGAAGGAAGUGCUUGUCCAUCAGGGUGAAUACUUUCUUGAUCGCCCACAAAUUCCUCUUAUGUACGAAAUCUUUGGCUUUUGGGGACCGGUUUGAAUAUCAUGAUAGUCACUUCCAGAAGUUACUGCGGUUGAUUGAUGAGACGGUGUACCUCCAGGGAACUAUUUGGAACCAGCUGUAUGACUCCUUCCCGACCAUAAUGAAGUGGAUACCUGGACCCCAUCACACCAUUUUUAAAAACUGGGAAAAUAUGAAGUGUUUUGUGGGGGAAAUGAUUGCAAAGCACAAAGAGGACUGGAAUCCAUCUGAACCCAGAGACUUCAUUGACUGUUAUCUGAAGGAAAUAGCAAAGGCCGAUGCCGACCCUAGUUUCCAUGAAGAAAAUCUCGUAUUUUCCACACUGGAUCUUUUUUUUGCUGGAACUGAGACAACGUCUACAACCAUCCGCUGGGCUCUGCUGUACAUGGCCCUAUAUCCUGACGUUCAAGAGAGAGUGCAAGCAGAGAUUGAUGCAGUGAUUGGCCAGUCUCGCCAGCCAGCCAUGGACGACAGGAACAACAUGCCAUACACCAAUGCAGUUAUUCAUGAAGUGCAAAGGAUAAGCAACAUCGUGCCUUUCAGUGUGCCCAGAAUGGCAACUAGUGACACAACACUGGCUGGAUUCUGUGUGCCAAAAGGCACCGUUUUGAUUCCCAAUUUGACAUCAGUGCUGUUUGACAAGAAUGAGUGGGAAACCCCUCAUACUUUUAAUCCUAAGCAUUUCCUGGAGGAUGGUCAGUUCAAGAAGAGAGAAAGUUUCCUGCCCUUCUCUGCAG